GGCGGUGUCGGUUUACUAUCCGCCUAUGACGCUCUAUAUCGGGGGAAGCAGAGCGCGCUCCUCAUACCUCUGACUUUUAGGUAUCAGUCAGAAAGUUUUAAAGGUGCUCUAUAGUGCACUCUGGAUAACUGGGCUUUCUACUUGGGCUUGUGUAGCAUCUUCCGAAGCCUCCUGAACUCUCAUUUUAACCUGCCUUCUCAUGAAAACGAGUUAGUAAACAACUCUACAACAAUGGUGUCGCCAGGUUGCCAGGUUGUGUGAGGAUAACAGGUAACGUUAGCUAACUUGUUAAGAUCACAUUUUCUGGUGUGAAAACUAUGAAUGAAGUGAGCCGGCGUUCCCUCACAGCCGUUGAUGAGCUGACAGACGAAAGAAUUCACAGAAGAUAACAGAAACCAGCAGAGGUUGUGUUCACCUUUUGGAGACCAGUCGCUGCUAUCGUCAUGUCAGCAGACACGAACCCGGACCCUCCACGGUUUGUGAAUCCUCCGCCUCCCGAGGUGAGCGACCCCAGCAGGCCUGGUCGGAGGACAAACCAGCUGCAGUACAUGCAGAAUGUAGUGAUGAAAUCCCUGUGGCGGCACCAGUUCGCCUGGCCUUUUCACCACCCUGUUGAUGCGAUCGCUCUUGGAAUACCAGAUUAUCAUACGAUAAUAACGUCUCCCAUGGACUUGGGAACCAUCAAGAAACGACUGGAGAACAACUACUAUCUGAGUGCAGUUGAAUGCAUGCAAGACUUCAACACCAUGUUCACCAACUGCUACAUCUAUAACAAGCCUACAGAUGACAUAGUGCUGAUGGCCCUCGCCGUGGAAAAGGUGUUCUUGCAAAAAGUUGCCCAGAUGGACCAGAGGGAAGUGGAGGUUUCUCCUCACGCUGCCAAAGGGAGGGGCAGAAAAAGCAGCAAUCCAGGUGGACAGAAUGAAGCUGUGACAAUGUGUUCUUCAGCUGUGUCGCCCUCAUCUCCGCCAAGCCUCAGCUACACGGUCUCCAGCUCACCCCCGAUGCCCAAAGACCUCUCACACACCUCCACAAAAAAGAAAGGGCUGAAGCGGAAGGCAGACGGCGACACUGAUUUCUCCUCAGCAACCGUAAACAGCUUGAUUGAUUCAUCACGAAGCAAGAGGAGAUAUGACAGCGCGGGCCGAGCCAUCCAUCCCUCUAAGAAGAAGGACUUUGGAGAAAAGGAGUUGCCACAAGAAGAAUCCGAACAGCUCAAGUUUUGCCGCGAACUCCUGAAGGAAAUGAUGUCCAAGAAAUACCUCGCCUACGCCUGGCCUUUCUACAAGCCUGUCGACGCUGAAGCUCUGCAGCUACACGAUUACCACCAGAUCAUCAAAUACCCCAUGGAUCUCAGCGCUGUUAAAAAAAAGCUGGAGGGAGCACAGUACCAGGACGCACAAGGCUUCGCUGCAGACGUCCGGCUAAUCUUUUCCAAUUGCUACAAAUACAACCCUCCACAUCAUGAAGUUGUCUCCAAGGCCAUAAAACUUCAGGGUGUGUUCGAGAAGAGGUUCGCAAAGAUCCCAGACGAGCCGGUUGAGCUGCCUUCACCAGUGAGUGGCGCGUCUGCUAAGAGUGCAGGUUUUAGUGGGACAGACGCCAACAACUCCUCCAGCCUAGACAAAUCAGACUUGGCAGAGGAGGGUGCCGACCGACUUAGCGAGUUGCAAGAACAGGUGGGUGCCCGACAGCUUAAAGUCGUUCAUGAACAACUCUCUGCGUACUCUGAAGUCCCUGUGAUUAAACCAAAGAAGAAAAGAGAAAAGGACAAGAAAGAGGACAGCUGGCAACAUAAAGGCAGCUACAGGCAGUCGUGGAAGGAAAGCAAAGUCUGGGAUUCAGACGACGAAACUCUGCAGAUGACGUACGACGAGAAGCACCAGCUGAGCCUCGACAUUAACCGGCUACCUGGCUUGAAGCUGGGUCGCGUGGUGCACAUCAUUCAGAGACGGGAGCCCUCGAUGCGCGACGCCAAAGCGGACGAGAUCGAGAUCGACUUCGAGAUACUGAAGCCGUCCACUCUGCGUGAGCUGGAGCAAUACGUGAAGACUUGUCUGUAUAAGAAGUUCAAGAAAUUUCAAAAGAGAAGCAGUCGAGCUGCGCCUCAUCACGUCGGCUUCAGCAGCUCUUCAGAUUCUGCCACCAGCAGCUCCAUCGACUCCAGUACAGAAAACAGCGAUUCGUGACAGCUGUAAUGUUUGUAUUUAUUUCUUCUUUUAUGACCAAACGAGAGUUCUUCAAAAUGUGGCUUAUGUUUGUGUUAUGUUCAAAUUUUUGGAAAAUCAAACCUCCCACACAGCGUUUUUGUAUUCAGUGUGGCUUUCCUCACUCUCUCUUUAUAAACCGCAAUAUCCGUCACUGGUGUUUCUUAUCAGACGCUAUAAAUUCACAACAUAGCCUGGAUGGCAUGCUGCUGGGGCUGCGGCACUUUUCAUUACAUCUGAGUUUCAACCAAUAUCCUGUCUCCGUCACUCAUUUGGUCCAUACUGGUUAAUUACAGUAUAGGCCUUUUUGAAAUACGCCGUAGGAAUGCAGUUAUAUUCUUUUAAACAUCCAGUUGUUGCUCUAGACAGCUCUCAAUAGUAGCCAUAGCGAUCAUGCAUCUAUUUUUUUUUUUUUUUUUAUAGUUCAGCACUUGACAAUUCAAGUUCAACCUUUUUAUUUUAACAUUUAAAAUGUUUUGUUUUAUUUAUGUCUUGACCUCUGUUUUGAAUUUUAGUGUCUUCGCAAACAAAUUAAUUUGGUUGCCAUCCGGAGCAUUAAAUGCACUGUUUAUAAUAAACUGUUGAAUGACCUUUUGUAAAGGGCCACACUCAGUGUUUUGCAUGCUGUAGUCCAUUUACUAUAAAUUACUUCUACUGAAUAUUUUCAGCACGAUGUAGUGAUUUAAUUGUGUUUUUCCCCUCCACCCUGGCUUCUUAACAUCGUGGUAUGAAAGUCAACUUGCAGAGACUUGAGUUCAGUGAUCCUUCAAAGUGAACAUCAUGUCCACUGUUAUUUGUGUCUCCUGCCGUUUUGUUGCAUGGUAAUGCAGUGCAGACCUGUCAAACCUGCAAACAUAAUGUAACUUUGGCUACCUAACUUGUUUCAAGUCUCAGCUAUUAGAUUUUGUAUUCAGUGUGAACACAAAAACAAUCAACUGGGGUCUGGAAAGUCAUGUUCAAAUAUCUGAAACAGCCUAAAGAGCAGGGAUGUUAUUUGUAGUAAAUGAACCACAGCAUGAACAAAAAAACAAAAACAAUGAAAUGGUCCCUUUUGUAAGUUUUUGUUUCAAACUGUUUUUCCAACUAUUUGGUUGUUGUUAAUAUACCUUUACCUUGUGAUGAGAUCCUAGUAUUUCAUCUAUCUGCUCUGUCUCUUCUGAUAUUUUUUGUCAAUAAAAGUAAAAGCACAAA